AUGGGGCCAAAUCCCGCUAACCCCCUCCCUUCCCACUCCCCACAGGGCCGUGCCUGCGACCACUAUGGCAUCUACCACACCAGCCCCACGCUGGGCAGCCUGGCCAAGCCGGUGGUGCUGUGGACCCAGCAGGAUGUGUGCAAAUGGCUGAAGAAGCACUGCCCACAUAACUAUCUCAUCUACGUUGAGGCGUUCUCCCACCACGCCAUCACAGGUCGGGCGCUGCUGCGGCUGAACGGGGAGAAGCUGCAGCGCAUGGGCAUCGCUCACGAGGCGCAGCGGCAGGAGGUCCUGCAGCAGGUCCUGCAGCUCCAGGUGCGCGAGGAGGUCCGAAACCUGCAGCUGCUCAGCCAAGAUUGCACCAACACUGUGAACCGAGCACCUCUGGGAUGGGCUGUGCACCGCCGAUACGAGACCUGA